ACUACAACACAAAUAAAACCCGAUCCAUGUUGACGCUGUUGGACCAACCGGUAAGGCGGUUUCUAUCUGCCUGCCGAUUGCAUUUGCUAUAAAUUCUCAUUCCAUUCAUCUUUCAAAUCAGCUCCUCACCGGCACGUUAUCGAAGGUCAAUUUUUUCUUGGCCAUUGAGAUGUUGGCCUUUACUGGAAAUACUGUUGGAACCUUACCUCUAGCUGCACCAGUUGGAACAAGGACUGGUUGCGGUCAUAUUAAACAAACUGGCUGCAGUCUAAUCGUCGUUGCUGCACAGUUUGGACGUUCUGAUCCUCCAAAUGGGUUUAAUAAGCUUGUUUUAUCAGCUCCAAUUGGGCUUGGCAAGCAAUUGCAACCUAUUUAUGGAAAGAAACAUUUCAACAGAAAGCAAUCUGCUUCUAUUACAUGUUAUGCUGCAAUGAAUGCAAGAUGUUCUGCGUCGGGGCAAACUCAAACCGUUACCCGUGAGGCUCCAACAAUUACUAAGGCUCCUGUACGAGAACCAACCAAGACACCAAAACUUGACGAUGGCGGACCUGGACUUCCACCCCGUGAUGAUGGUGGUGGUGGAGGUGGCGGGGGAGGUGGGGGAGGGAACUGGUCGGGUGGAUUCUUCCUUUUUGGUUUUCUUGCAUUUCUAGGCUUCUUAAAAGAUAAAGAGAGUGAGGAGGACUAUCGGGACAGCAGGAGGAGAUAAAAAGUAAAGGAUUUGAAAUUUUUUGGCCGAUUUGAUUCUCAUCUUAUGGUGUAUUCUUUUUUAACUUGAAUUAGAUAAACUAAGAUAAUCUUGUUUUCCUUUUGUGCUUCACUAAAUCGCAGCUAAAAAUAUCAGCAGUCUCUUCAUCAAGCAUGUGUUCCAGUAACCAUGAAUCUUGAUUUAAUUUUGCCGACCCUAUUUGGCUGAACAAUUUUCUUCUUGCAAGUAUGGUUUUCAGUUCCUGAGACUCAGUUUGAUUGUAAGCUUAACACACAUGAUUAUAAUGUAGCUCGAUUUUUUCUGUCA